AAUCCCCCAAACUGGAAUCAGCACAGGUGUCUGUCCUUGGCCAUGUGAAGGGUUAAACACUGUGGUCUACUCAUCCCACAGGAAGACACUCAGUCAUACAAAGGAGCCAGCUACUGAUCCGUGUUUGGAUGAAUGAAUCUCCAGGGAAGUAUGCUGAGUGAGAAAGAGCCAACCCCCAGAGACCAUAUGAUGCCAUCACCCAGAACCGAGCCCGGCCAGAGAAAGCUGGCUUUCAGAAAACACUGAACAAAUGCGGUGCACGAAGGAGUAAUGGUUCUCCACGAGACCGUGUGAGCAAAGGGUCAGGAGCAGCCCCCACGGGGCCCUGCAAUGCUCCUGACCCACAGGGGGUGUGCCCCCUGGUCCCCACCCCACCCUGGGGAGGCUGCUGGGAUUAUCCCGUGUGGACACACCUGCCUCUUCCAGGACCCCUGCCCCGAGGCUUGCUCGGCCACACCUUGCCAUAUCCCUUCUGCCAGCGGACUUAGAGUCACAGGGCAGGGGCGGGGUCAGGGUGGCCACCGGGGACAAUGGGAGGGACAUGGAGACUUUUACAGCCAGGGACAAAGUCCUGCCCCGACUAAAGGCCCGCUGGCUGGUACGGCAGCUGGUACCCUAGCUCUGGCCCCGCCGGGGUCCCAGCCUGCCGCAGUCCUGGCUUUGCCGCGCCCCUGCCAUCCCACAGCCAUGCAGGGGGCCCGGGUGCUGCUGCUGCUGCUGCUGCUGGGCCUGAGGCCACGGCUGGCCCUUGGCAUCAUCCCAGCUGAGGAGGAGGACCCAGCCUUCUGGAACCGCCAGGCGGCCCAGGCCCUGGACGCCGCUAAGAAGCUGCAGCCCAUCCAGACAGCUGCUAAGAACCUCAUUCUCUUUUUGGGGGAUGGGAUGGGGGUGCCCACAGUGACGGCCACUCGGAUCCUCAAAGGGCAAAUUAAUGACAAUCUGGGACCUGAGACACCCCUGGCCAUGGACCAAUUUCCAUACCUGGCUCUGUCCAAGACCUACAACGUGGACAGACAGGUGCCAGAUAGCGCAGGCACAGCCACGGCCUACCUGUGCGGGGUCAAGGCCAACUACCAGACCAUUGGUGUGAGCGCGGCCGCCCGCUUUAACCAGUGCAACACGACACGUGGCAAUGAGGUCAUCUCCGUGAUGAACCGGGCCAAGAAAGCAGGGAAGUCUGUGGGGGUGGUGACCACCACGAGAGUGCAGCAUGCCUCGCCAGCCGGCACCUACGCACACGUAGUAAACCGCAACUGGUACUCGGACGCCAACAUGCCUGCCAAGGCGCUGGAGGACGGAUGCCAGGACAUCGCCCAGCAGCUCAUCUCCAACAUGGAAAUUGAUGUGAUCCUGGGCGGAGGCCGAAAGUACAUGUUUCCCAAGGGGACUCCGGAUCCUGAGUAUCCAACUGACGCCAAACAGAACGGAAUCCGGUUGGACGGGCGGAACCUGGUGCAGGAAUGGCAGGCCAAGUACCAGGGUGCCCGGUAUGUGUGGAAUCGCACGGCGCUCAUUCAGGCAUCCCAGGACGCCUCUGUGACACACCUCAUGGGCCUCUUUGAGCCAGGAGACACCAAAUAUGAUGUCCACCGAGACGGAAUCCAGGACCCAUCCCUGAUGGAGAUGACAGAGGCGGCCCUGAGGCUGCUGAGCAGGAACCCCAAGGGCUUCUACCUCUUUGUGGAAGGAGGCCGCAUCGACCACGGUCAUCACGACGGCACAGCUUACCUGGCCCUGACGGAGGCCGUCAUGUUCGAUUCCGCCAUUGACAAGGCGGGCCAGCUCACGAGCGAGAGGGACACACUGACCCUGGUCACCGCCGACCACUCUCACGUGUUCUCCUUCGGGGGCUACACCCUGCGAGGGAGCUCCGUUUUCGGGCUGGCCCCCAGCAUGGCCAAAGACAACAAGACCUACACCUCCAUCCUGUAUGGCAACGGCCCCGGCUUCGCGCUCAGCGGGGUCCCCCGGCCCAACGUCUCCGACGCCGAGAGCAGGGACCCCGCAUACAAGCCGCAGGCCGCGGUGCCCCUGGACUCCGAGACCCACGGCGGCGAGGACGUGGCGGUGUUCGCGCGCGGCCCGCAGGCGCACCUGGUGCACGGCGUGCAGGAGCAGAGCUUCGUGGCGCACGUCAUGGCCUUCGCCGCCUGCCUCGAGCCCUACGCUGACUGCAACCUGCAGCCCUCGGCCGCGCCCACCCCCACCCCGCAGCUGAUGCUGCAGCUGCUGACCGGGGCGCUGCUGCUCGCGCUGCUGGCGUAG